ACAAGCGCAUGCGCAGGUCGAUGCGUGCGUGCCAUUGACUCAGGCGUUGACAACUGAAGGUUUGGGGCCGACCCUUGUUUUUUUACAAGGAAUGUGUGUCGAAUAUUGGUGCGCGGCUUUUGGAUAUUACGGGUGAUUGGAACGUCGCCCACGAAACGAUCAAUGUCCUAUGCUUCGCACCACCCGAAGAAUGGAUAUUCGCUACGCGAAAGAAGACCCACUAGCCUCGAUUCAAGAUCCGACUGUGCCUGGCGGUGCGUGAUGGGGGGCUGCGCCCUGUAACCUGGGGCCUUAAGCAGCCAUGUCUAAGAGCCGCUAUGUGCUCCAAGUGCACGUGGGGGCGUUCAGCAACCUAUAUGAAGCACUUUCCAUUGAGGCCAGCAAGCAGACAACAGCCGCUGACAUUGUCGCCUGCAUUGCUGAGAAGCUGGGCCUGUCACUGCCACGGGACCUUGAGCUGGCUGAAGUGGUCCACAAUACCAAUGGAGAGGAGUGUAAGGAAAGACACUUGGGCCCAGACGAGUUCCCGGUGCAGCUGCAGCUGCUGUGGCCUCAGCAGGACACGCACCGGUUCUGCCUACGUGAGCGCCUGUCGGCGCAGUCGGCACUGGCGCUGCCUGGCACCAACUCGGCUGAUGCACACUUGCUGCAGGACUACUUCCUGCGCUUUCUCUACCACCAACCGCGUGAUCGGGACUACUCCGACCUGUGCCAGCUGCCUGAUCUGACGGAGCAGACACUUCUCGAGAACCUUAAGGCACGCUUCGAGCGGGGUCACAUUUACACCUAUGUUGGGUCCAUCCUCAUCGCUGUAAACCCUUUCAAGUUUUACCCCAUCUACAACCCCAAAUAUGUUCGGCUGUACCAAAAUCGACGGCUUGGUGACUUGCCCCCUCAUAUCUUUGCCGUGGCGGAUGCGGCCUACCAUGCCAUGCUGCGUUCCCACUCCAGCCAGUGUGUGGUCAUCUCAGGAGAAAGUGGCUCAGGCAAGACUGAGAGUGCCAACUUGCUGCUACACCACCUGACAGCUCUCAGCCAAAAGGGCUCAUAUGGCCGUGGUGUUGAGCAGACCAUACUCAGUGCUGGCCCCGUGCUGGAGGCUUUUGGGAAUGCCAAGACCAAACACAAUAACAAUUCAAGUCGAUUUGGCAAGUUUAUCCAAGUCAACUACAGAGAGAAUGGCAUGGUUCAUGGAGCUGUAGUGCAGAAGUACCUGUUGGAGAAGUCACGCAUCGUGUCUCAGGCCAAGAAGGAGCGUAACUAUCAUGUCUUCUACUACCUGCUGGCGGGGGCCUCCAAGGAAGAGCGCGAGGAGUUGCACCUGACUCGUCCUGAAGACUAUUACUACCUCAACCAGAGUCAGUGCUAUACCUUGGAAGGCACAGAUGAAGCACAAGAGUACACCAAGUUGAUGGAAUCUAUGCGCAUGGUUGGAUUCAACCUUGACAAACGGAAAAGGUUGAUUCGAGUGUUGUCAGCAGUGUUGCACCUUGGGAACAUUGAGUUUAGCAAGAAGUCUACCUACCACAGUGAUGAAGCAGUGCAAGUAAAGAAUCCUGAAGUACUUUCCCUAAUCUCCUCUCUUCUUGGGGUCAAGGAAGAAACACUCAAUUCUGCCCUGACCACAAAACGUGCCAAAGCCCCUGGGGAGACGUUAGUCAUUAGCUACAAAAUGCCAGAGGCUGUGGCUACGCGAGAUGCUAUGGCCAAGUGUCUCUAUGGAGCUCUCUUUGACUGGAUUGUUAUGCAAGUGAACCAUGCCCUGUUGUCUGCAAAGGACCUUCGGGAACAUAAAGGCAACAGCAUAAGUGUGCUGGACAUAUUUGGUUUUGAGGACUUUGGUGAUCACAACAACUUUGAGCAGUUUUGCAUCAACUUUGCCAAUGAGCACCUGCAGUACUACUUCAAUCAACACGUAUUCAAGUAUGAACAGGAAGAGUACCAGAAAGAAGGCAUCCAGUGGAAGAACAUCGAGUUUACAGACAACACAGGCUGCCUAAAUCUGAUUGAGGGAAAGCCCCAUGGCCUGCUUUGCUUGCUGAAUGACCAGUGCAACUUCUCUGGGGCCACAAAUGCCAUGCUGCUGCAGAAGUUUGUGAAUCACCAUAAGAAGAAUCCUUUCUAUGACAUGCCUCAAAAGCGGGAGAAUGCUUUCCUGGUGCACCACUAUGCCGGACGGGUCAAGUAUCAGAUCAAGGACUUCAAGGAGAAGAACUUGGACUUGAUGCGGCCUGAUGUGGUGAUGGUGCUGAAAAGCUCUAGCGUCGCGCUGGUCCGAGAAUUGGUGGGCGCCGACCCUGUGGCCUUGUUUCGCUGGGCCAUCUUGCGAGCCUUCUUCCGCUCUUAUCAUGCAUUGAGGCGCACCACCUCUCACAGUCAAGGACGUAUAAACGCUGGUUCCAAGAGGCCAUCUUUGGCUUACAGAGGAAGGCACUCCGGUGAUGGAUAUUCCAACAGCAACCAAGUCUCUUCAAGGCGGACAUCUCUCGGCACGGGUGCUUGCCCUGGCAGUUUUGCAGCCACCUCCUGCCCUGUGCACCGCGGAAACACACACCUCUGUGCCAGUGAGGCCAGUGUUCUCGAACGAGCGAACCAGAUUAUGAUGAAAAACAAGAAUACCAGGUCGCGAAACAGAGUGGACAAGGGGCUCAAGAACUUGCAGAGUGUGAAAACAGUUGUUGGGAAGACACAUCCUCACCCUCAACGCACAGGCAGAAAGCCCCCAACAGUCACUGCUCAGUUUCAGGUGUCUCUGAGUCACCUCAUGGAAGCCCUUAAUCAGGCAAAUCCAUUUUUUGUCCGCUGCUUAAAGUCAAACGCUGGCAAGGUGCCAUGCUCCUUUAACGAGGGUGUCAUCCUCCAGCAGCUGAGGUACACGGGAAUGUUGGAGACAGUUAGGAUACGGCAGUCUGGCUACAGUGUUCGCCUGCCGUUCGAGGAGUUCAUCCAGCGCUACAGGGUGCUGCUGCCACGUGGGCUCAUCAGUUCCAGAAGUGACAUCCGAGACUUCCUGCUUCGCAUCAACCUUGAUCGCAACAACUAUCAGAUGGGGAAGACCAAGGUGUUCCUGCGUGAGAGCGAGAAACUGAAGCUUGAUGAGCUGCUGCAUCUCCAGAUUCUUCAGCGCAUUAUCACAGUGCAGCGCUACAUCAGAGCCUGGCUGCAGCGUAGGCAUUUCCGUAUGCUGCGUUCUGCGGUCGUCAGGCUACAGUGUCACGCGAGGGGCUACCUGCUGAGAAGGCGCUUGGCACUGGAGAGGGCGCAGCAUGAGGCGGCCAUUGUGGUGCAACGAAGCUGGCGCCGAUACAGGAACACUCGAAGAGUCCACCAGCUGCAUCACUCUAUUGUGGCAUUCCAGGCUUCCUGCAGGGGAUACCUGUUCAGGAGAAGGCUGGCCAACAGUCAGCAGCAGCGCCGAGUCUCAGCCUUCCGAGGACAGAAGGAGGCCCUGCUUCCCAAUGGCAUUGCAGGUGUUGAACAACUGCUACGUCGUUCCAUCGACUCAGAAGAGAGUACACACGAGGAUUCCGAAAAUGAGAGUGUGGCAUCAGAAGGUGGUGGCAACGGCUUGGCCUCGCCACCACUAUCUCCCGGAGCUGAAGGCUCUGUGAUGAUGCGUGGGGAAGGCACCUUCAGGGAGAAGAAGAACCUGAUCCACAAGCUGAGCACAAGUGAGGCCAGCAACCUCCCACUGAAGGGCAAGGAAAAGGUACCCGUCAGAAAAUGCCUUUCAGAAAUAACUCCGGACAACUCGUUCAACAAGGAAGUUCCUGAACAACAGAAGAAAAGGAGCCCAUCCGGGUCUAGCCAGCAAAAUAACGUUCAAGAGGACAGCAAUCUCGGCUUGGUGAAGGAAGAGAUGAAGGGUCCUCUGCACAAAGCACGCAAGCACCUGAAGACCUUCAUCGGCAGCAAGAAGGACAAGAAGGAGAAUAGGGACGACACGGACGAAUCGGGUGGAGAAGAUGCCCUGUCACUUCGUUCUGAGGGUCUUUGUACAGAACCCAUGCCUGGAGAGAGGAAGCAGUCGAUGCCACACUCACUCAAGCCUUUCAGCACCCGGUCAAAAAGUGAGCUUUGUUCGGUGUGCAGACGCAGCAUGACCCUCUUCAUCAACCAGGGAACCAAGUGCUCUCGCUGCAAACUGCUGUUCCACCUUGAGUGCAAGUACUAUGCGGAAAAGGUGCCUUGCCGUGGAGGCACCUGUGCGGGAGGUGGGGAACCAACUCCCCCGGCUCGUUCCCACAAGCUCAACCGGACACCGAGUCUGUCUGUGGAGACGGGCAUGUACCAGCCCCACACCGCACUCCAGUCGCAGCAGGGCCCGCAUGCUCUUCAGCAGCACCAGCAAGGUGGAUCGUGGAAUGUUACACGGACAGCGGAGUUCAAGGACCCAGGGGACAUCCUCAUCACAGAUGUUUCAGAACUCACGAACCUGGACUCCUUUCUUGUCAAAAAGGUGGGCUACCUUUCAAGUGCGAGCAAAAAGAGGGAUUCAGCAGUGGACAUGGUCUUCAAAAAGGCUCUGAAAAGCUUCAAGUCAAAUCUUAUAAGCACAUACUCCGUGGCUGCUCAGGAUGGCCGGUUAUGUCUACGAUACAAGGAUCUAACAGAUCACUUUGAGCAAGUGGCACGGUCUGUCAUUGACCAGGAGUGCUCAAGCGAGACCUUUCCACUCACCAUGGCUGUCAAUGCUUUCCGUGUGUUCCUGGAUGAAUUCCGCAACCUCUACCGUUCUGAGAACAAGCCCAAAAGCAAGGGAAAGAAAAGAAAGCGAAAAAAGAAGGCAUCUCAGUUAAUUGAGCACUGUGGUCACAUAUUUGCACUUGUCGUGAUCAACAUUCCAACUGCCUGUGAAGUGUGCAGCAACUCCCUCUGGCUCACUGAGCGAGGCCUAGUUUGUCAAGGUUGCAAGCUCACCUGUCACAAGAAGUGCUAUCAGAAAGUCAGUUCCUCAUGUAGAGAUGUCAAUAUUCUUCAGGGCCGCAAGGUGUUUGGUGUGCCACUGGAUCGGCUCGUGGGCGAUGACGUGCGCAUUCCCGUUGUGGUGGAGCGGCUUAUUACCACAAUUGAACUGAAGGGUCUUUACGUUGAGGGCAUCUACAGAAAAUCUGGCAUUACUUCCAGGGUGACACAACUCAAACAGGACAUGGAUGAUGAUCCUGAAGGUGUAGACCUGGAUAGUUAUCCCAUCCAUGUGUUGACAGCAACACUAAAGGCUUUCUUUCGUGACAUGCCCGAGCCCCUCAUGACUUUCGAGCUUUACGAGAGCUUUCUUCUGGCCACAAAUUUCCAAGACCCUGAGGAAAGAGCACAGGCUAUUUUCAUGGAGACCAAGAAGCUUCCGCCUGCACAUUAUGACCUCUUUGAGAGGCUGGCAUUUCAUCUUGCAAGGGUGGCUCAACACCAGGAGUUCAACCGCAUGUCACCUGAAUCACUGGCCAUUGUCUUUGCACCGUGCAUUUUACGCACCAACAAGCGACUGCAAGCACAGGACACGCUUGACUGUGUCAACAAGCAGACCAUCUGUGUCCGGUGCAUCAUCCAGGAACAGCUGAAGAAAGUACAGAACACUUUAGCUGACAUUGACACACUGGACACUGCAGUCAGCACUGUUGUAACAAGGCUGAGUUCACUGCGUUCUUCAAGAUUGUCACUAGCAGUGGAGACGAAUGGCAGCCAGCUUCCUCCACCAAUCAGCAGCCGGGAUGAUGAAGAGGAAGAGGCUCUACUUACACAGCAGAUAGAGAGCCUGGAGAAGGAAAAGGCGCUGCUGACUACAGUGCUUCCAACAUUGGCCCUAAGUGGAUCUGAUGAUGAUCUAUUGAGCACAGACAUGGACAGUGCUGCGGGAAGCCUGGAUGAUGUUCGGCCUUUUGAUGAUGCUGGUGCCAUGGCUCAAGGCGACCAGAGGCAUCACCCGAAGACACGAGUCUCAACGCCAUUGCGCCGUUUGCAGCCGGCUCGCUUCCCACCUGGCACUGGCUCGGGCGGCUCGGUGUCAGGCUUGUCGGCUUCGGCAUCGGACACCAGUGUUGUCUCACUGUAUAAGCCUACUGAAGUGGAUGACGAGGCCAUCAUGGUGUAGGUAUAAUCAAUGUGCCAUGGACUGUGCUGCAGUGCUUCACUGUUCCCGUUGAGGGGCUCCCCAUCAGUGUAGUGUUGUGACAAGCAUUCCUGUAUCUGGUCGUGAUGUCUGCAGUUUGCAGAAUAAGGUCCCGCAUGUUUAAGGAUGCGCUGGCAGUAAGAUCAGCUUUAAGGACACGGACAAAUGAAUAGCGAUUAGGUAGUAGCUCUCGGAGCACAUGUUCUUCCAUUUGCUUUAUUGUGAUGAGCCGAUUGGGGACUGGGUGGGGAACAAUAGAUUUUUCUUUUCCCACGGGCAAUAUUUAAAGACUGGGAGACAAUGGGGCAUCCCCUGCCUUCUUGGUGGAGCAGCAAGUGAAACUUGUUUCACCUCUAUUGCUCUGCAACUUACAAUGAGCUGUCUGUGCAGGAACUAAAAAAACAAAAACAAAAGUGAUUUGCAUAUGGGAAUGGACAAACAAGCUAGUGUGCACGUGUGCCACAUUUUUGCAUCUCUUGUGACAUGUGGAUCACAGAAGUGGCUGUUGGCUUUCUGCCCAUCGUGGCAGCAGUGUUCUGCAAGCACAAAUUGGUGCGGUGGGGCUGACGUGUGUGUAGCAUCAAGGCCUUGUUGGCCUGAUAUUUCAGCCGAUACGAACAAGUGCUUGUUUUACUACUCUUCACCACGUGAGAGGCAGUAUGCUAAGAGUGGUUAGCAGAGAUGAAAGCUUGAGAGGCUGUGUGCAACUUAAUUUUUUAAGGAGAUCUAUAUGGCAGUGGUUUGCUGUAACUGCUUAUUUUGUCAAAGUGAACACCUUGUAUGCCCUGAAGAUCGUCUUCAUCUGUAAAUUGUCCCUGCUAGCAUGUUCCAUCAGAUGUGCAUUUGUUCAGGCUUAUAUAGCCCAAGAGAACACUUCCAUUUUAAUAUUUCCCCUCCUGUCUCUUUCUGGACACUGUGAUUAUGUCCUUCUUACCGUCUAUCAGAUUUAGUUGUUUGUGCAGCGCUGUUUUCAUUUGCCUUUGAUGUUGUCAACUUUGAUGUUGUGAAUGGUGGAUUGAACACGUUGUAUUUUUGAGCCCUUCUUUUCCGAGGGGCAGGUUUCCUCAUUUUGCUCUGCCACUUGUUUGUCUCAGUUCUCAUGCUGCAAGCAGCUGCUUUUACCACAUUGUUUAUUGCUGCUAAAAAAGAAAGUGUGCAUCUGUCUUGCAUAAGUGGCACACUGUGGAGAAAUCUCAAAGUCUUCUGUGGCAAAGGUGUCCCGUCCCGUCAUCAUUCUUAUAUUACGCUUGGCAUUAACUUUCGUGGAAUAACAAUUUCCUGUUGAGUUUUUAGAGGAUGUUUUUGAUCUUUAUUAUGGUGGCCAAAUGUAACUUCGUCCUAAAGGGAGGCAUUUGAUCUUAAAGAAUAUUCUUAAUGAUGUCAACCUGCCUAACUAGUGUAGUGGGUAGGUAGGUAGGUGCCGGAGAGAGUAGCUUCGUGUGUACUAGUUUGGGCAACUUGUACUGUGGCUGCUCAACAUGAAUGUCUUCCCCUGAAAACUGCACUUAUGGAGGCAUGGUCCACUGUCCACUCUGGCUGGCAGAAUGCCAGCCUCUCUGUCUCUCCACCCCUCCCCCCUCCCCCUUAUUUGUGUGUGUCUCAAGCUUGUGAUACGCUCGACACUUUUUUUCCUCUAGUGUCACGAGGUAUUAUGUUCUGUAACUGCCACCGAUAUCUUCUGUUGUACUACUGCGCUGAACACACGCACGGAACAAAACCGGCUUUAUAUGCAAUGUUUCAUCUAGUCAGUGACAUCCGCGUGAAACACUCCGUGGCAAACCAGUUUCAGUAUAACGCUUAAACUGCCGGGAAUUGGUGUUUUGUAUUUGGUCAGUGACAUUUUUUUUUGCCCACAUAUACACUGUGUUUUGUAAAGGUCCAUGUAUUGUUACCAUCUGCAAUUUUGCAAGCUUCUCAACGUCAUAUGUGCUUCCCCCCUCCCUCUACUGGUGGACGGGCUUUUAUUUUUAUGACUCGGUGGACUGUGGCGAAUGCUGUAGCAAUUCAUUUUCUUCACUGCCCCGUGGUUAUAUUGCAUUUUAGCAUUUGAGUUUCUAAAUGUGACUGUGUCAGAAAUCUAUUUUAAGGAGCCUUAAGGGGCCUUAAUCUGCUCUGCACACUUAACUCAUUUACCGCGCAAUUCUUUUAUUAUCUUAUCGAUUCUUAUCUAAAAAAGUUGAGCCAUCUACAUUGUGAAGCCCUUCUACUAUAAUGCCGUCUGCUACACUCCAUUCCAAAACGCUCGUCCAGAUGUGGUCCAUCUGCCAUGACCACUUUAUGUUUUUGUUGUUCUUCUGACCACUACUUCGCACACAUUUUACGAUUGUGGAUCACAAUGUGUUUAGACCUUGUGAAAGAUGCCAAAUGUGACAUGAAUGCCAGCGUUGGAACUGCAACAAAGUUUUCAAGUUACAAAUGCACAUAUUAAAUAAAGCAGGGUGGCACACACAUAUUUCCAGACAUCUUUCUUUAUUUUUUUUUUGUUCUAUGCCUUUGAAGAGGUAUUCAUACGACCACUCUUUAUAAAUUAAAUUUUUUUGUUAUUUAACUAUAUUGAUGUACUCGCAAGUGUCAAAUGAAUGUAAGCACAGCUGGUGCAUACCAAAGUUGGUGCUUGCUAUUUACUGAACUGGACUGUGGUCUCUCUUAUUUGAUGAGUAUGGCGCUGAUGGAAUCUGGGAACUGCCCAGUGUGCCACAGCACAAAUGUACCAGAAGCGUCAAAAAAAAAAGAAGAAAGAAGAAAUGACUACUCUAUUUAUGCCAGUGUUGUCUGUUUAAUGUUGGGUGUGCGAGUGCUGUGGCUUGUACAGAUUGAAGUGCCUUGAUCUUAUUGUGUUGCCUCACCCGGUUUUUUUUUUCCCACUUUUUAUUCAUUCAGAGAAGGAAUGGCAUUGCUGCCCUUCUCUUUAUAUUUUUUUUUUCUUGUGUGUGUGCAUGUGUGUGGCACUGCGACUUUGUGCAAUUGGCAUAAUGUGCAGCAAGGCUUUUUGAGGCCAAGUGGGUGCAAGGCAGGCAGUUGCAUUACACGUUGUUGGAGUUGUUCUGCUGGCUUACUCAUGGUGUUGUACAUUAAACUGUGACUUUGUAAAUUUA